AGUCUCCUCUCGGUACAUGGGAUGGCGUGAAAACCGGAACCCUGGACCCUUGAAAGAAUUCCUCAACUUCAAAACUUUGUUCUCUCCAUAGCAAAGCUAGCUUAGUUUCUAUGCUGUACUCACUACUGGCCUCGUUUGCUGUGAUUGAACAGUAAAGACACACCCAAUAAACACCCGCAUCAAACCACACCCCCAAGACAACUCACUGUUUGCGUGGCUUUCGCUCUUUGAAAUAUGCUAUCGAAACUUAUUGUUUCUGCUUCGUGAUUAAAAUCAUCACACCGGGAAGCAACAUAAAUCAAACAUCCGAUCAUCACUCCUGACUUACUGCGCUCAACCAACGCGUUAAAAGUCAUGGACAAACUUAAAUCAGUUUUGAGCGGAACGGAUGGACCCAAUGAAAACGGCAACAUCUUGCAGGCAGCGAAUGAAGCAUCUACUUUGGGUUGGGGUACACGAGUGAAGGGAUUUAUUAUCUGUUUUGUGAUUGGGGUCACCUGCUCAAUCUUGGGAGUCUGUAUGCUCUUCAUCCCCAAAGUAGGAAUCCUCCUCUUCAUCAUCUUUUAUACCUUUGGAAACAUCUGUUCACUCUGCAGCACCAUGUUCCUGAUGGGACCAGUCAAACAGCUGAAGAGGAUGUGUGACAAGACCAGAGCUCUGGCCACUACUAUCAUGUUGACAUGUCUUGUGUUGACUCUCUGUGCAGCCUUCUGGUGGGUGAACUUUGGUCUCGCUUUGUUGUUUUGCAUUUUGCAAGUCCUAGCAUUUGCCUGGUAUGGCUUGUCAUAUAUCCCUUUUAUCAGAGAUGCCAUCCUGAAGAUUAUUACGAUGUGUGUAAAGUGAAGACCCCAGACUGGCCUGUCAGCUUGAAGGAACAACUGUGCCUCGGUUACAAAGGAUAUCUUUCUGGUCUGAGCUUGAUGGAUAUAUGUUUGAAACGGAACGUUGUAUUGUCCAUAACUUUGACGCGCUGCUUGAGAAGGGGCCAACCAUCUCCUUACAGUAAAAUUGUACUACCUCUAUACCCUUCCAUUUAAAAAAUGUUAAUGGUAUUUUUUUAUCCUUUGUAUUUCCACUAUUAGGGAAGAAUUGUGCUUUGGGUUUAUUUAGAUGUUUUGACCAUUUCUAGUGGAAACAUUUGUCUUUUUUACUAUGUAUAUUUGUUUACUACUGUGGGGGAAAUUGUUGGUGAUGAGUAGUAAGAACAUGUAAUUAUUUGAUCCAAUUGUUGAAUUGUUUUUCAUAAGGUCUCUGCAUAUGCUGUAAAUAUGUGAAUGUAUUAUAAAGGUUUAUAAAUGAAGGACUUUAUUCAUUGGUAAA